AUGUACUUGGGCAUUGUUUUGAUUGGAGCUGCUCAUGGUCUGAUCUUCCUGCCUGUUCUUCUGUCAUUCCUAGGCCCCAAAGCCAGCCUUGGGAAGAGACAAGUUUUGGAGAAUCUUUCAAAGUCCAGCAGGGCUGAGAUUUGGACAGAAGUUGUACUGGUGCCUGCAUCAUCAGUUACAAAUGCUGGGUUUGUUCCAGAGAGUCCAUGAUUGGGGCUUUUGGUUAACAAACAAUUUGCCCAUUCAAAGGCCUUCUCAACCCAAGUGUUAACUGACAUUCCUUGUGAAAAAACCUUUUUAUGAGUGAGAUUGAUGAGCAAUUUGUUGAAUUCUUAUGAA